CCGUUACUCAAUGGCCCAAGGACAGCUUGGAUAUAACUGUUGACUGGCUGGCUAACAGGGGGGAGUCCAGGGGAAAUAGUUAGGGUAUCGUUGGAGUACUACUGGUCUCAGUGUAGUCUGAGCAAGCAGGAUGUCAGGGAUCCAUCUGCAGGUCUUUCUUCUGGUUCUGUGCACCGGGAGCUUGGAGGCAUGGUUCUCAUUUUGGCGCAGUGAACCAAAAACCACCAGUGCCCCAACUGAGGCAGCAACUUUCACAGGGACGGCCAUACCUGAGGCAAAGCAUGUGCCUGGCGGCAGCAAGGAGGAAAAGGGCAACUUGGCCGGGGUCGGGGCAGAAAUCAUCAGCGUGGCCGACGGAAUCCAAGAGAGUGGUGUCUCUUUGCUUCAGCUUAUUGGAGACCCGCCGCCAGAUGAAAUAACGAGGACUCACGGGCCGGGUGGGACCACAGCCUACAAGAUGACCUCGGCAGUGGCAGCAGGCCAGCCAGCAUUGGCCCACGUCCCCAACCCCUUCUACCGCCAUUUCUCCCUGCUCUUCCAUGUCAAGCCCUCCUCCUCGGCAGCCUCCGUCCUCUUCUCCAUCACCGAUGGCGCCCAGAAGUUCAUGUACAUAGGCGUCAAGCUGAGCGCGGUCAAGGCCGGGCGCCAGAGGCUGCAGUUCUUCUACACCGAACCCGACUCGGAGGCCUCCUACGAGGCGGCCAGCUUCGACAUGCCGAGCAUAGUGGAGAGCUGGGCCCGCUUCGCACUGUCGGUCUUUGAGGACCAGGUGACCUUCUACCAGGGCUGUGAAUCCGAACCGCGGGUGGUGAAGUUUGAGCGCUCGCCGGACAACAUGGAGCUCGAUACGGGUGCGGGGAUCUUCGUGGGUCAAGCAGGAGGAGCUGACCCUGAUAAAUUUCAGGGUGCGAUCGCCGAGCUGAAAGUGGUGGGGAACCCCCGUGCAGCCGAGCGACUGUGUGACGAUGAGGACGAUUCUGAUGCUGCCUCUGGUGACUUUGGGAGUGGAGAUGGGGACAGGAGACAGACAAGUCAGACAACCACCCCUGCAUCUCUGCAACCGGUGCCAGAGCCGCCGCUGACCUCAUCACAGGGGUCCAAGCUCACAGACUCAAGUCGUACAGGGUCGAAAGGUGAGAAAGGUGACAGAGGAGAGAAAGGAAGUCCAGGGGACAGAGGCCCUGCGGGGCCAAAGGGAGACUCUGGUUCCAUCUCUGGCCCCGGCUUCUCUUCACAGGGUGGAGCACGAGGAGAGAAGGGGGACAAAGGUGCAAAGGGAAAUUCAGGGUUUAGUUAUCCUGGCAACAAAGGGGACCAUGGGCCCCCUGGACCCCCUGGACCUCCUGGGCCCCCAGGACCCGCCGCUCAGGUGGUCCGGCUCGGGGACGGCUCUGUUGUGCAGCAGGUGACCGGGCCCUCGGGGCCAGUAGGCCCACCAGGACUACCAGGGCCUUCCGGGCCCCCUGGAUCAGAGGGUGAACCUGGUGAUCCAGGAGAGGACGGGAAAGCUGGUCCCGCAGGGCCUCCAGGUUUCCCAGGAACUCCAGGAAGUGCAGGAACCAAGGGCCAGAAGGGAGAACAUGGGGAGGGUCAUCCAGGACCCCGGGGCCCACCAGGUCCGCCUGGACCUCCUGGACCUUCUGGACUAGGCACUGGGGACCACCCGACAUUUAUUGACAUGGAGGGCUCUGGAUUUCCAAAUUUGGACCAAAUACGGGGCCCCCGUGGUCCGCCGGGCCCCCCUGGCCCUCCUGGUCCCCCUGGGACGUCGGUGUCACUGGGAUCCAGCGGAUCAGUAGCCUUCGGACCUCCAGGUCCACCCGGACACGACGGAGCCCCUGGCCUACCUGGACCUCCAGGUCCACCUGGCUCAGCAGGUCAACCUGGAACCAGAGGAGAGAAGGGGGAUUGUGGUGAGCUUGGUCUUCCAGGACCCAUCGGGGAGAAGCAAGACUCGUAUGGCUCCAACUUUUUCGCUGGUGUGCUGUCUUACUUUACGCCUUCCACUCCGGUUUGCAAUGGGUCACAGGGCACCCAGGGCAAUUCGGGAUUACCCGGCCAGCCUGGAGAGAGUGGCCUUGCUGGGCUCCCUGGUCCAAUGGGACCUGUGGGACCACCAGGCCCCCCAGGCCCGCCAGGACCAUCCUACCGCGUUGGCUAUGGGGACCAAGAAGGAUCUGGAGGUGUACCAGGAUUAAGGGGCCCACCAGGACCACAGGGCCCACCUGGCAUUGCAGGCCUGCAAGGAAGACCUGGAUUUCCUGGCAUCCCCGGAGAGAAAGGAGCUGAAGGUACAAUAGGACAAAGUGGUAUAGGAGGGAAAGACGGAUUCCCUGGACAGCCGGGUGAAAAGGGAGAUCGCGGAGAAAGAGGAGAAAGUGGUUUACCCGGGCGGGACGGAGGAGCACCUGGACCACCAGGGCCACCUGGGCCACCAGGACAGAUCAUCUACCAGCCAACAAGCGAUGGUGGUGCCGGCAUCCCAGGUCGAGCAGGAUUCCCAGGCCCCAUGGGACCAAAGGGAGAGCAAGGGCAACCAGGACCCCCGGGGUACACAUCCAAGGGAGAGAAGGGGGAGCCCGGUAUCAUCACGGGCCCAGAUGGAAGACCUCUGUACCUGGGCGGGCUGUCGGGAAAGCAGGGAGAGAGAGGACCGCCUGGCCCUAUGGGACCACCGGGUCAAAUGAGUCCCCCUGGCCCGAAAGGAGAGAUUGGUCUUCCAGGGAGACCUGGUCGACCCGGACUGAACGGAGGCAAAGGAGAAAAGGGUGAUUCAGGAACUGGAACAGGAUAUGGAUACGCAGGUCCGCCGGGACCACCCGGACCCCCAGGACCUCCUGGACCCCCUGUUCCAGUCAACAGGUUCAGUGGAUAUGACCACUACUCAAGACAUGACCCCACAUCUAAAGGAGAGAAGGGUGAUAGGGGAGCUCCAGGAAUACCUGGCAUACCAGGUCUCACCUCAAACUUUGACAUCUACGCUUUCAAGAAUGAGAUGAAAGGGGACCGAGGGAGCCCAGGCCUGAAAGGAGAGAAGGGGGAAUCAGGUGGAGGAUAUUAUGACCCCCGCUAUGGGGUUGGAGCCGCAGGAAUACCAGGACCCCCGGGCCCUAGAGGUGACGCCAUCAUCGGCCCUCCAGGGCCCCAGGGUCCACCUGGUCCCCCAGGAAGAGGUUAUGAUGGUCAGCCAGGGAAUCCCGGACCACCUGGACCUCCAGGACCUCCCAGUCCAGGCCUGCCAGGGGCUUACAGGGGCACUCAAUCUGUCAGUAUUCCUGGACCCCCAGGUCCACCUGGAGCACCUGGACUACCUGGAUACACGUCAGGGGUGGCGGUAUUGAGGUCCUAUGAUACCAUGACAGCCACAGCUAGAAGACAAGCAGAGGGGACGCUGGUGUACAUUAUUGACCAAACAGACCUCUACUUACGAGUCCGAGACGGGGUCCGCCAAGUCCAGCUCGGGAACUACAUUGCCUUGCCCAGUGAAGAUGCAAAUGAGGUUGCAGCCGUGGAGCCUCCACCGGUUGUCCAUUAUUCACCAGACCAGCAUUCCAACACACAGACAGCCACAGAGAACCCUCAAAGAUCCCCAGAGCGACCACAUCCAGCCCUGCCAGACUCUGGAUAUCCCUCACAACCCGAGUCUCUUUAUCCAACACAGCCGCACCCUCGAUACCCUUCACAACCGGACCCUCGAUACCCUUCACAUCCAGACCCUCGAUACCCAUCACAACCAGACCCUCGAUACCCAUCCCAUCUGGACCCUCGAUACCCAUCACAACCGGACCCUCGAUACCCAUCACAACCAGACCCUCGAUACCCAUCACAUCUGGACCCUAGAUACCCAUCCCACCCUGUACCACAAUACCCCUCACCCACAGAUCCACGCUAUCCCAGUUACACCGAGCGCUUGAACCAACCAGACGGUAGGUAUCCAAUCCAGCCGGCCCAGGAGCGUCCGGUUUACCCAGACGGUCGAUACCCAGUCACCCCUCAGCAAAGGCCGAGUCCCCCCGUGCCGCAGUCUCCAGUCCACCGUCACACCGCAGGCCCAGGGCUCCACCUGAUAGCCCUCAACAGUGCCCAGAGAGGCGCUAUGCGGGGCAUCCGCGGGGCAGAUUACCUGUGCUUCACCCAGGCCCGAGCCAUUGGGAUGAAGGGAACCUUCCGGGCCUUCCUCUCAUCCAAGCUCCAAGAUCUCCACAGCAUCGUCCGCAAGACUGACCGGGACCACAUACCCAUAAUGAACCUGAAGGAUGAAAUUCUGUUUGAUAGCUGGGAUGCCAUUUUCAAUGACGGCAAAAUGAAGGAGAAUGUGUCCAUCUACUCUUUCGAUGGGAGGGACAUUCUAAGCGACAGCGCAUGGCCAGAGAAGAUGGCGUGGCACGGCUCGACCAGCGAAGGGCACCGGCAGGUGGACAGCUUCUGCGAGGCGUGGCGCGUUGGCGACGGCGCGGUGACGGGUGUGGCCUCCUCCCUGCAGAGCGGCGGCCUCCUCCAACAGAACUCAAAAAGCUGCUCCAGCUCUUAUGCCGUGCUGUGUAUCGAGAACAGCUACAUCGGCCAGUCUAAGAGAUAAAAGUUCUCAUGCGUCCACAAAAUGACACAUACACUGACCAACAAGCUGGACUAGGGCGUAGCCCCUCAAAUGCUCAUCCCAGUUUCAAACAGUCAUAUGCAUUCGUGGCCUUAUGGCUGCACACGUACACACACAUCAAGGUACAUCCGUCUGUAUGUGGUACUUUGUAAAUAAAAAAAUGUUUUUUAAAUUAGUGACUAGUUUAUGUUUGAUAGUCACACAUAUACGGUGCUAUACGUUGAGAUAACCACCAGAGGAUUUCAAGCCGUCUUCUGUGCUCAUGCCUGGCGGAACUGCAUCCUUCUGGACCUGCCUGUGUCAUUGCUACUCAUUUAGCUUCCCAUCCAAGUUGCAGCUAGCUGUGAUAGGCUACAAGUAACCAAGCCGCUGUGAGCUGAGCUGGCAGGAUUUAGCUGAGGAAGGUCCAUCGCUGUGUUCAGCUGUACAAAUAUGUCUGCAUAAACACCCGGACCCCCACUAAGAGCCGUGAAACGCGAUUCAAGGGAACAAGAGCGAAGGGUUACCUAAAAUAUUUCCAAGUCCUCCUGCCCUGAGCAACGACUUCUUCUUCUUCACCUCCUUUUUUCUUCUUCUUUCGGCUUGUUCCCUGUUUCUCAGGGGUCACCACAGCGGAUUUUAUAGUUUCCACUGUUCUUAACCAAACAAGUGUCAUGUACAUACUGACAUGGGAAGAGACAUCGCAACCAAUCUAGGUUUCUGCAAUAUGUCUGUCCAAUAAGUGUACAAACAACAUUGUCACUGGUGCGUAAAACAAUGACGUCAUAUCCUUCCAAGACUUUAUCCACCUUAUUUAAAACCUUGUUUGCUGUAGAUUGGGAAAUUGGAAGUUGGAAACUAUGAUUGGUCAUAAAACUUUAGUUGGAACUUUUACAUCACCUAAAACCUAAUGCAACACAGUGAGACCAAAGUGUUAAAAUGCCGAUAAGUGGUCCUAAAGAUGCUUUAUAAUCGUAGAAGUACAAAAUUCGACUCCAGCGGCUGAGCAAAAAAUUUGCAUUACUGUAUGUGAAAUGUACGGUUUAUUCUGUUGAUUAUUUUGCGUUAUACACUGUUAUAAUAAUAUGUAAGCCAUAAGACCUGUACCCCCAGCCUUUACUUUUUCUAUUGUCCUGCAAAAGGAAACAUGUGCAAGUCAUAUUUCCAGCAACAACAAAAAGGAUAUUUAUUUAUGGUUACUUUUGAUUUAAAAAUCAACCUUGCUGUGAGUAUCAAUACUUUUCACACAAAAAAUAAACGUGGCUGUGUUGUACCAAAUAUAUUCUGUAAACACGUAAACCCUACACAUGGGUACGUCUUUGCAUAUUGAAGUCCUGUAAAAAGGCUAAUAUUUAACAUAAUAUGCAAAUAUAUUGAACAUGUGUACAGACAUUAAAUAGGGUAAAACAUUUUUCUUUCUUUCUUUUUCUUUUUUUUUUGGUCCAUGCACUGUUGAUGAUGCAUUGCUUUAUUACAAGUUUUUUGUUUUAUGCAUUUCAAGACGGGACUUGUGUGUAUCAAGACUUUAAAUGCACUGUAGGGAGGCAGCAAGGAACACAAAGGACAUGGACGCUAAUGUCAAAAGGGAGUCAUCUUAUGUCAAAAGUCAGGGGGCGGUCUUACAGUAUUCCUAUAUAUUUGUAGAGCCAUACUAAUUGACUUGUAUUAACUGUCACAGAUAAUACCCGUUUUUUUCCUGAUCACAUGGCAAAUGCUCUGAAAUGCUGCAUUUCUUUGAAAUAAACACAUGGAAAUCUCAAGAAA